AGCUGCGAUACGUCGAGCGCUCAACAUCCGAGGACUUUGGCCCAGAGUAACCCUUCUCGCGUGACCUUUCCCUUCUAUUCCGCACCUCCCGCGGCCCGUCGGGAGAGCGCUCGGCGGUUGGGCGCUCGCUAGGCAGCUGCCCCCGCCUCUCUCUACACCCGACUCUCCCCCUUCAGUCCCUCCGUGUUCGUCGUCAUGGCGGCUUUCAGCAAGUCCAUCCCUCAUAACUGCUAUGAGAUCGGCCACACUUGGCACCCUUCCUGCGGGGUCUCCUUCCUGCAGAUCACGCGGGGCGCCCUGGAGGAGUCCCUGAAGAUCUAUGCCCCUCUGUACUUGAUUGCUGCAAUUCUCCGGAAACGAAAAUUAGACUAUUAUUUACACAAACUGCUUCCUGAGAUCCUACAGUCUGCUUCAUUUCUGACUGCUAAUGGGGCCUUGUAUAUAGCUUUCUUUUGCCUUUUAAGGAAGAUACUUGGAAAAUUCUAUUCAUGGAGCCCUGGUUUUGGUGCCGCUUUGCCAGCAUCUUAUGUGGCCAUCCUAAUUGAAAGAAAAAGCAGGAGAGGGCUUCUCACAAUUUAUAUGGCCAACUUGGUCCUUUUGUUCUGCAUCACAGCUGCCAUGUACAUGUUCUUUUUCAGGUGCAAAGAUGGUUUGAAAGGAUUUACGUUCUCUGCACUGAGAUUCAUUGUAGGGAAGGAAGAAAUUCCCAUACACUCUUAUUCACCAGAGGCCGCAUAUGCAAAAGUGGAACAAAAGAGUGAGAAACAGGAGGCAAAACCAAAAAGAAAGAAUAUAAUUGCUCUAGUGAAGAAACUUGUGGAUUCAGUAUGCAAACAUGGACCAAGGCAUAGAUGUUGCAAACACUAUGAAGAUAAUUGUAUUUCUUACUGCAUUAAAGGCUUCAUCAGAAUGUUCAGCGUCGGGUACUUGAUCCAGUGCUGUCUCCGAAUCCCGUCUGCAUUUAGGCAUCUGUUUACAAAGCCCUCCCGAUUAUUUUCUCUCUUCUAUAAUAAGGAAAACUUCCAGCUUGGAGCUUUUCUUGGGUCUUUUGUUAGUAUAUACAAGGGCACGAGUUGCUUCCUACGUUGGAUCAGAAACCUGGAUGAUGAACUGCAUGCUAUUGUAGCUGGAUUUUUGGCAGGUAUAUCAAUGAUGUUUUAUAAAAGCACAACAAUUUCCAUGUAUUUAGCUUCUAAAUUGGUAGAGACAAUGUAUUUCAAAGGCAUUGAAGCAGGGAAAGUUCCUUAUUUUCCUCAUGCAGACACUAUCAUCUAUUCCAUCUCUACAGCAAUUUGUUUCCAGGCAGCUGUCAUGGAAGUUCAGACUUUGCGACCAUCUUACUGGAAGUUCCUUUUAAGACUCACUAAGGGCAAAUUUGCUGUCAUGAAUAGAAAGGUUCUUGAUGUUUUUGGUACUGAUGCUUCCAAAUAUUUUCAGGAUUUCAUCCCAAAGUUGGAUCCAAGAUAUACGAUUGUAACACCAGAGUUACCCGCAGAAUUUUCUUGAAGAUGACUUUAAUUUAUUAAUGUGACU